CCAUGGCGGACGAGGCGCGCGUGUCGCGCUGGUACUUCGGUGGGCUGGCGUCGUGCGGGGCCGCCUGCUGCACGCACCCGCUGGACCUGGUCAAGGUGCAUCUGCAGACGCAGCAGGAGGUGAAGCUGCGCAUGACGGGGAUGGCGCUGCAGGUGGUGCGCUCCGAUGGCAUCCUGGCACUCUACAAUGGGCUGAGCGCCUCCCUGUGCAGACAGAUGACCUACUCCCUGACUCGAUUUGCCAUCUAUGAGACCGUGCGGGACCAGGUAACCAAGGGCAGCGAGGGCCCCCUGCCCUUCUACAAGAAGGUCCUGUUGGGCUCCAUCAGUGGUUGUAUCGGCGGCUUCGUGGGGACCCCCGCGGACAUGGUCAACGUCAGGAUGCAGAAUGACAUGAAGCUGCCCCAGAAUCAGCGCCGAAACUAUGCCCACGCCCUGGACGGCCUGUACCGCGUGGCCCGAGAAGAGGGUCUAAAGAAGCUGUUCUCAGGCGCAACUAUGGCGUCCAGUCGAGGGAUGUUGGUCACCGUGGGCCAGCUGUCCUGCUAUGACCAAGCCAAGCAGCUGGUUCUCAGCACGGGGUACUUGUCCGACAGCAUCUUCACUCACUUUAUCGCCAGCUUCAUUGCGGGUGGAUGCGCCACAUUCCUGUGCCAGCCCCUGGAUGUGCUGAAGACCCGGCUGAUGAAUGCCAAGGGCGAGUAUCAGGGUGUUCUGCACUGUGCCAUGGAGACAGCAAAGCUUGGGCCGCUGGCCUUUUACAAGGGCCUCUUGCCUGCCGGCAUCCGCCUCGUGCCCCACACCGUGCUAACGUUUGUGUUUCUGGAGCAGCUUCGCAAACACUUCGGCAUCAAAGUGCUGUCGUGAUGUGGCCGUGGGAGCAGCUGGGUCAUGCCCAGCCCCCUGCCCCAGUUUUCUCCAGAGUCC